AUGGGUGAAAUCGACUUCAAGAAAGAGCGCACCGUCCUUGGUGGACCGUACACCUUGUUCGGCGGGUCCUUGAUUGGUGAAUUCUUAGAUGGGCAAGAUCUUGAUGCAACGUUUCUCGUUCGCAUCAGAAUGCCCGCAAAACAUCCGUUGUCCGCCCUCGGCAAGAAACAUCCCAUCGUACCGCCUCUGCAUGUACAUUUCGAUCAAACCGAGUGUUUCAAAGUGCUCCAAGGGAAAUUUGGCGUCACAGCAGGUUGGGAUCAAAAAGACCAUAUCCUCACUCCGGAGAUGGCACCCUUCGAAGUCCCACCCAUGCUGCCUCAUACGCCGUGGCCAGUAGCUUGCGAAGAAGACAUUGUAAUUCUGGCUUGGGGACAUCCUACUGGAACGCCGAAGCCACUGAGCACGGAGUUCUUUCAACAGCUCUUCCUCUAUAUGCACGACAUGUUUGAGACCAAAAAGUCGCCAGACUUGCUCCAGGUGAUGCUCAUGCAACAUGACACAAAUUCGGCCGGAGUGAUAUUUCCAAGCUUAAGCUUCCUAGGUCCGUUGCGCUGGUGGGUUCCAUGGCAUAUGGAAGGCGCCUUGUCUGCCCUGGCGAAAUUGCUUGGCUACAGCAAAGAGAUGCCACAGUACCUGAAGAAGCAAUGA